AUGCGUUUCUCUCGUAUCCUCUUCCCUCUGGCUCUGGCCCCAUUGGCUUUGGCGGCUCCCGAAGCCCGCCCAAAUGCUUCCCCUGAGGCCGCCGCCGGGCUAUUGGAAGAUCUUCCUGAGAUCCUCAAUGGUGUGCAGGGUCUGUUGACCAAGGAAAACCUCGACAAGCUGGACACUAUUCUCGAUGGAGCAGCCAAAUUGCUCGCCCCCAAGAAUAUCGACGUUCUAAACGAUAUUCUGGGUAACGCCCACUCCUUGUUGACCAAGAGCUUCGUGGAUAACACAACCACUUUGAUCGGCGAUGCCACACCGCUGCUUUCCGAUGUCUCCAAGCUCCUGGGUGGUGUGCUGGGUUCACUUUAA